UACGCUUCCGCUUGAUAAACUCUGAAUUGUAUCAACUUUUGGUGUACCUUGCCUCCUGGGACAAGGAAUAAUACACGCACGUCAGGAACGCCUGUUGGGUGAUUUCCGGUCGUGACAUGGUCAGCGUGAAAGAGAACCAAAUCCACCAAAUGCAUACCAGUCGAAGCUGGGAUUUUCUUGGAAUGGACUACAGGCAACCAAAUGGCCUGCUUGCUAAAGCUAAAUAUGGGGAUGGCACUAUAAUUGGUGUCAUUGACACAGGUGUCACGCCUGAGUCAGCAAGCUUUGCCGAUACUGGAUAUGACCCCCCGCCAAAAAAAUGGAAAGGGAUUUGCCAGGUUGGCCCAUCGUUUGAGGCCAUAAGUUGCAACCGGAAGUUUAUCGGUGCACGGUGGUACAUCGAUGACGAGAUUCUAAGUAGCAUAUCCGAUAACGAGGUUCUUUCUCCUAGGGAUGUCGAAGGCCACGGCACGCACACAGCCUCAACGGCUGGCGGCAACAUCAUCCACAAUGUUAGCUUUCUGGGGCUAGCUGCAGGGACAGUUCGGGGUGGAGCGCCCCGUGCACGAUUAGCCAUAUACAAGGCCUGUUGGUCCGGUUAUGGCUGCUCCGGUGCCACCGUGUUGAAAGCCAUGGACGACGCUGUCUAUGAUGGUGUUGAUGUCUUAUCACUUUCUAUAGGUGGUACAAAAGAAGAUGUGGGAACCCUACAUGUCGUCGCUAAUGGUAUCUCGGUUGUCUACGCUGGUGGAAACGAUGGUCCCAUUGCUCAGACGGUGGAGAACCAAUCACCAUGGCUAGUAACGGUCGCUGCAACCACCAUUGAUCGGUCCUUGCCUGUGGUUAUCACCUUGGGAAACGGCGAAAAGUUGGUGGCGCAAUCCUUUGUCCUCCUGGAAACUGCAAGUCAGUUCAGUGAGAUACAGAAGUACACAGACGAGGAAUGCAAUGCCAACAAUAUUAUGAACAGCACGGUGAAGGGGAAAAUAGCCUUCUGCUUCAUGGGAGAGAUGUUGAAUAAUAAGCAGCAGACAUCAUACCCUGAUGUCACCACGGCAGUGGCAGCCAAAGGAGGCAGAGCAGUCAUCUUGCCGCUGUUCUACACCGAAACAAUUCUCCAAGAUGAUCCCAUCAUCACUGAUUUGGAUAUUCCCGGCAUUCUCCCAAAUUUGCAGCCGGACAUUGCUGCACCAGGGGUUUCGAUUUUAGCCGCUGCUCAGAUUCCAUAUUACAAAGGUGUUUCCUACCAUUUCGAUUCUGGAACAUCUAUGGCUUGCCCCCAUGUAGCUGGGAUCAUUGCGGUGCUCAAGUCCAUUCAUCCAAAAUGGUCACCUGCGGCUCUCAAAUCCGCAAUCAUGACAACAGCACUUACAUAUGACAACAACGGGAUGCCAAUACAAGCUAAUGGAAGAGUUCAAAAGAUUGCUGAUCCUUUUGAUUAUGGAGCAGGGUUUGUUAAUCCGGUCAUGGCAGCUGAUCCAGGCCUUAUCUACGACAUCACCGCAUCUGAUUACCUCAAAUUCUUCAACUGCAUGGGAGGAUUAGGCUCAGGGGACAAUUGCACCACAGCGAAAGGAUCACUUACUGACCUGAACCUCCCAUCCAUUGCCAUCCCUAACCUCAGGACAUUCCAAGCUAUGACACGCACUGUCACCAAUGUUGGCCAAGUUAAUGCCGUGUAUAAGGCAUUCUUCCAAGCUCCAGCUGGUGUCGAGAUGGCCGUCGAGCCACCAGUGCUGGUGUUCAACAAGAACAGAAGAGUGCAGAGCUUCAGGGUGACCUUCAAGGCUACACGAAAGGUGCAGGGUGACUACAGGUUUGGAAGCUUGGCGUGGCAUGAUGGAGGCAGCCACUGGGUUCGGAUCCCCAUCGCCGUUCGCAUCGUGAUUGAGGAGAUCUACUCCAAGAUCUCCUAAUUAAUUGGAUAUUGGAUAUAUAUGCUAGCUACUAAUGAUGCUAGUUGAUCAAUGGUCGAAUGGAAUAAAUGAAGGCGAAUUCAUAUGCUCCAAUAUAUAGCAUGUUAUAUGUGUUUCUGGAAUCUUGCUGCAUCUUAUUCCAAAUCCAAGUGGCGUAUAUCUGUUAAAAUUUAUGGUUGAAUAAUAUAUCUAAUCUUGUGUUA